GAUUUCGUUGGAAAAAAAUAGCUAACGAAUCUAUGUUCCGGCUAUAAGCGGUCAUUCUGCGACAUUUCUUAUUGCUCCUCUGUACCAAGAGGCAAAUUUAAAGCGGAUAUUUAUCUGAGGAAGGCGAUACAGUGGCAAUGCGUGUUAACGUUCAGACCAAGCGUUGGGGCUGUUAACAGAACUCAGGAAGAAGAUGCCUUCAUCAUAGGCACUAAAGCUCUAGUUAAAAAGGAGACGGGGCCUUCUGCUGCAGUGAUGGAAGAGCCAGGCUGUGAUCCAGAGGAGAACAACACCACUGCCCAAGUGGAGAGCAGUGAGAGCCACUCUACAGAGAAAGAUGCUCCGGUAGAGCAGAGAACCACAGAUAUAGAUACUCCUGCAGAGCAGAGCAACCAGAACCAGGAUUCCUCUUUACCCCCAAAUACAUCAAGUGGUCAGGGGAGCCAGAACUUGGAGGAUCUUGACACCGAAGCUCUAGUUAAAAAGGAGACGGGGCCUUCUGCUGCAGUGAUGGAAGAGCCAGGCUGUGAUCCAGAGGAGAACAACACCACUGCCCAAGUGGAGAGCAGUGAGAGCCACUCUACAGAGAAAGAUGCUCCGGUAGAGCAGAGAACCACAGAUAUAGAUACUCCUGCAGAGCAGAGCAACCAGAACCAGGAUUCCUCUUUACCCCCAAAUACAUCAAGUGGUCAGGGGAGCCAGAACUUGGAGGAUCUUGACACCGAAGCUCUAGUAAAAAAGGAGACUGGGCCUUCUGCUGCAGUGAUGGAAGAGCCAGGCUGUGAUCCAGAGGAGAACAACACCACUGCCCAAGUGGAGAGCAGUGAGAGCCACUCUACAGAGAAAGAUGCUCCGGUAGAGCAGAGAACCACAGAUAUAGAUACUCCUGCAGAGCAGAGCAACCAGAACCAGGAUUCCUCUUUACCCCCAAAUACAUCAAGUGGUCAGGGGAGCCAGAACUUGGAGGAUCUUGACACCGAAGCUCUAGUUAAAAAGGAGACUGGGCCUUCUGCUGCAGUGAUGGAAGAGCCAGGCUGUGAUCCAGAGGAGAACAACACCACUGCCCAAGUGGAGAGCAGUGAGAGAGGCUCUGAAGAGGAAGAUAAGGAUGGAGCUGUAGAGCCCCAGAUUCCACUCCUCGUCACAGACCAGAGGGCUACUAAAGAAUGUGAAUACUCAUCCUGUUAUGCGAAAAGUUCGAUACUCACUGGGCUUCUAGUGUUGCUGGUGGCUGUGGCUGUGAGCUUCAUCCCGGAGUCUCCCCCUGAGAACACAGUGCUCAACCGAACAGAGACCUUCCACAGAGCGUUGAAGAAGGUGGAGGCCCUGUUCCCCGGGCAGCGCUCUGAGCUGUGGAGGAGGAGCAGGAUCCACCUGGAGAGGCACCUCCAGGCGGCCCGGCCCACGGAACCAGUCAGCCUGAUGCUGACAGCAGGCCGCAGGGGGGAGAAGACACUGCAAUGCCUUGCCCUGCAUCUGGCCACCGCCUUCUCCUUUGCCCUCAACACCUCGUCCGUCCUCCACAUCGAUGGGGCCAACAAGACUGGUCAGGACAGCGACCAGGUCAAGCUGGACAUCGACACCCAGCUGGGGGAAGCCUUCGAGGGAAACCGGCCUGUAGCCGUCAUCCAUCGCUUUGAGGAGCUGCCCCCGGGUUCCACGAUCAUAUUCUACCGCUACUGUGACCACGAGAAUGCAGCCUACAAAGAGGCCUUGCUCAUCUUCACCGUGCUGCUGGGGGGUGAGGAGGAGCUGCCGGCCAGCCUGGGACUGAGUGCCGUGGAGGAGAUGGUGGAUGACCACCUGCAGGACAAGUUCCUCUCCUCUGACCAGCCGGCCGCCUUUGACUUGAUGGACCUGGACAAGUUCAGUGGACUAUGGAGCCGGAUCUCCCACCUGGUCCUGCCAGUGGCAGCAGAGGAGAGGAUAGAGCAGAGGGGCUGUGUCACAAUUUCAUAGGGAGUUGAGCAGGAAGACUGGCACCCAAACUAACCUUCUAAUACUCCAAUCAAUCAACUAUAUGAAACUUCUAUCAUCAUCAUCAUCAUCAUCAUCAUCAGUUGUGAUGUUUUAAUGGUCACAGCACACAGGGACGUGAAUAGAAUAGCAAUGGUUGACCACUUGUCACUUUAUAUGUCUACGACAAAAGGCAGAGCCAAGAAGGAGAAAAGAAAACACACACCCAGAGAGACAGUAAUUAGUGAUCAUGAAGACACUGCAGGGGGUGUAUUGUAUGUACAGCAUGUAUGAGAAUGGGUUAAUAAUGAAGGAUGUGAUUGUUAUGAGUCUGUUUACUCUCAUAUUUUAAUGAUCCGAUAUAUGUCUAUCGAAGAGGUGUGUGUGUUUUGAUGUUGUAACCAGGGCUUUAUUUGCCAGGAUUACCCAGAUUGCCUCACCUGUCAAGGACUUUGGCAAGAACAAUGUGCCUUAAAUGGAAAUAAUAAAAUAUGGGGAAUGUGUGUA